GAAAAGGCGGGGAUGUGAGGGCGGGUGGCGCAUGUCCGGGCUGUCAGGGCCGGGCGGGGGCAGCGGCGGGAUGGGCGACGACAUGGACGUGAUCCCCGAGAGGGAGAUGAAGGAUUUUCAGUUCCGGGCCCUGAAGAAGGUCCGGAUCUUCGAAGCCCCAGAGGAGCUGCCCAAGGAGCGCAGCAGCCUGCUGGCCGUGUCCAACAAGUACGGGCUGACGUUCGCCGGCUGCCCGGCCGGGCUCCAUGUCUUCCAAACGAAAAACCUGCUCUUGCAGAUCCAGGCCGGGGAUUCUCCUAAUAAAAUAGUAGAGAAUGUCCAGAGCCUUUUUGUUCCUACGAAGUUUCGGGUGCAUCACCUGGCACUCAGCUGUGAUAACCUCACGCUGUCCGUCUGCAUGGCCUCCAAUGAAGUUGGGUCUUUUAUUGGUUUUUUCGAUGUCCGUACCUUUGUGAAUCAGGCGAAACCCCAGAAACGGCCAUUUGCGUAUCAGAAGAUGGCAGGCGCGCUGGUCAGCGACCUCAAGUGGAAUCCAACGAACACCACCAUGUUAGCUGUCUGUCUGUCUGACGGUAGCGUCUCGGUCCUGCAAGUGGCGGAGGUUGUGAAGGUGUACGCCAUGCUCCCGGCUUCGGUGGCUGUCACAUCGGUGUGUUGGAGUCCAAAAGGAAAACAGCUGGCCGUGGGCAAGCAGAAUGGCACCGUGGUCCAGUAUCUGCCGAACCUGCAGGAGAAGAAAAUAAUUCCCUGCCCUCCGUUCUAUGUUUCGGAUAAUCCUGUCAAAGUCUUGGAUGUCCUGUGGAUCGGUACCUACGUCUUCACCAUCAUCUAUGCAGCUGCAGACGGGAGCUUAGAAACGGCGCCCGAAGUGGUCAUGGCUCUACUUCCGAAAAAAGAAGAGAAGAGGCCUGAGAUAUUUGUGAAUUUUAUGGAGCCUUGUUAUGGUAGCUGCGUAGAGAGACAGCAUCAUUACUUCCUUAACUAUGUUGAAGACUGGGACCUGGUUUUGUUAGCUUCUGCAGCUUCUACAGAAGUCAGCAUCCUUGCGAGGCAAGGAGACCAGACCAACUGGGAGUUGUGGGUCUUGGAAGACUCCAGUCGAGCAGAACUUCCUGUGACAGAUAAAAGUGAUGACACCUUGCCAGUUGGCAUUGCCAUUGACUAUAGCAGCAACACGCCCAUAACUGUCAGCGAAGACAAGACCUUGGAUCCUGCUCCCGUGCUGCUGCUGUUAUCCACAGAUGGGGUAUUGUGCCCCUUUUACAUGGUCAAUCAAAACCCUGGUGUGCAAUCUCUUCUGGUGACUCCCGAGGCCCUCUCUGCAGAAGGGGACAGAGGAGCAAAGACAGCAGGCACCACGCCGCCUCUAUCUUCAUCCAAGAGCGACGUUCCUCCGGUCCCUUUGCCCCCCUCUGCCCCCUUGGUCCCAAGCAGUGGGGCCACCCCUUUCUCUUUCACAGCCCCUGCUGUAAAAGUCCCUGGACCAGCUUCGGAUCCUUCCCUGCCUUACCCGCUCCCGUCGGAGGCCUCAGCACCGGCUCCUGGGUCAAGCGCAGGCAGGACAGCCGAAUUCUCUUCUCCCGCCACCCCCAAAGCAUCACAACCCCCCGUCUCCUCGUCGGGCCUCAUCCCGGCUUCCACCCCAUCUUUCUCCUUCGGAUCCAUGAGCUUUAACAGCCGCAUCGACGUGUCCGCCGGGCCCACGCUUCCCGUGGGGACAAAGCCCAGCUUCGCUCCGGCGGCGUCCUCCGUCAAGAUCAACCUCAGCGAAAAGUUUGCUGCCGCCGCCGAAUCUGCUGCCCCUUCUGGCAACAGCAGCCAAAAUUCUUCAGCCUUUCCAUUCUCCGCCGCCACAAAGUCUGCAUCUGCAGGACCCCUCAGCCUGGGCACGCCGCCUUCUGCUCCUGCAAAAACUUCCACUCCUGUGUCUUCUCCAACAGUGCGCCCAUCUCAGAGUGCUCCCCCAGCCGCUGGUCUUCAGAAAGCCGCCAAGAUAUCCUCAGCCGGGCCGAAAUCGAGCCCUUCGCAAAGUCGACAGCAGCCUCCCGGCGUUGGGACGGAGACGCAACUCUGUCAGUGGAAGGAAUCAGAUCCUGUCAUCGUGGGGAUAAGAGAGGAGAUCACCCAUUUCCAGAAAGAGAUGGAAGAACUAAAGGGUCGAACAGCCAAGGCCUCGUUCCAGGUGGGCAGCAAGGAAGAAAAAAAACUGCUGCGGGUAGAAGCCAAUGACUUGCACACCUUUCUGUUGGAAAUCAAAGAGACCACAGAGUCCCUUCAUGGAGACAUCAGCCUUCUGAAGACCAAUUUGUUGGAAGGCUUUGCAGGGGUGGAGGAAGCCCAGGAGAAGGACGAGCAAGCUCACAACUCCGAGUACCUGCACUUGCUUUACAAGAAGCCUUUGGAUCCAAAGAGUGAAGCCCAGCUUCAGGAAAUUCGCCGCUUGCAUCAGUAUGUGAAGUUUGCCGUCCAGGAUGUGAACGAUGUGCUGGAUUUAGAGUGGGAUCAGCAUCUGGAGCAACAGAAGAAGCAGAAGCGUUUAGUGGUACCCGAGAGAGAGACUCUGUUCAACGCCCUCACCAACAAUCGGGAGAUCAUCAACCAGCAGAGGAAAAGGCUGAAGAAGCUGGUGGACAGCUUGUACGAGCUCCGUUUGUACAACCAAGUGUCUCAGUGGAAUGUGUCGGCUCCCACCUCCUCUCGCACCAGCAUCCAGAGCUUGGAGAGCAAGCUCGACAAUCUGAGCAACGCCCUGACGAAAGCCACGCUGGAAUCUUGCGCCAAACCAUCGUCCCCGUCAGCCGCUAAACUGUCUCUUGUGAAGCAGGCCCAGCUACGGAACUUUUUGUCAAAGAGAAAAGUGCCACCUGUCCGCUGCACUGCGCCAGCUACUCUAUCCCAGUCGGCUUUUCUCUCUGUGAGAUACGACGAAGACUUGGAUGAGAUCAGCUCCACGUCUUCAGUUGCCCAGUCCCUGGAGAAUGAGGACAUCGAGGUGGUGGAUCAGGAGGAAGAGGAGGUGGUGCCGGUCGAAGGGCCUCGUCACGCCCCUGUGGUCCGGACUCCUUCAAUCCAGCCCGCCCUGUUGUCGCAGCCCCUGCCUCUGGGCAAACCCCACAUCACAAUGGGCACUUCAAUGUCUACACCUAAACCCACCCCAGAGAACCCAACGUUGGCAACAAAGACAGUGAAGCACAGAGCCCCUAUUCCUUCCGUCACUCUCCCAGCACCCCAGGCCGCUGCAGAAGCUGCACUCAGGAGACAGAUGGCGAACCAGAAUUCAGUGGUGGGCACCUCCCUGACAGAAUCGACUCUGAAGAACGUCCCCCAGGUGGUAAACGUCCGAGAGCUGAAAAGCAAUGCUUCUCCUCCUACAGUCUCUGGAGCAAUGGGGUCAUCAGUUCCUCAGACGGCUGCUCAAGCUGUCCAUCAAGUUUUGGCAACGGUGGCGACCAACCAAGCCAACCAGGGACCUCCGUCGAGCACCCUGAAGAUGCUGACGCCGCCCAGCUCGGCAGCUGUCGCCGCAGCAUCCGUUGGGAAAAAGAACUCAGGCCAAGGAUCCACAAAGACUGUCCCGGCUGUGACCUCAUCGGCUGUGACGUCCAUCUCGGCCGCUGCUUCCCAGUUCAGCAAAGACUUCACGUUCGCCCCAUCAGGGCCUGGGUUUAACCUUGCUGCCGUCCCUCCGUCUGCUGCAACGUCGGGCUCUUCUGUUUUGGGAGCUGCAGCCGCACCAGCGAAAGAGCCGAGCCAGCCCGAAGCCUUCUCCCUCGGAGUGAGCAUGAAAUUUGCCCCCGGGCCGGAGACCUCGUUUCCUUUUGGGUCCCCCAAGCCCCCCACCCUUUCAGGGGCCACCGUCGUUGGGAGCACCAGCUCUGGAGAUCCCGGCCAGGGCAACGGACAAGCAGGGGAGGCUUCCCUUCCCUUUCCGGGCUGCGCCAAACUGGAGCACCUUCCCCCCAAGCAAGGCGAUCCGGCGUUCCAGGGCUCUGCGGCCGGAGAGACGUUGGGGAGCUUCUCCGGUCUGAGGGUCGGCCAAGCUGACGAGAAUGUAAAGGCCACCCCUGCCAAGGCUCCCUCCGCCAACGCACCGGGGGCACCGCCCUCUGGAUUUUCUCUCGGAAACACUCUGCCAGUGAGCAAGCCCAUGGAGGCCACUGCCGCUGCCCCCUUGACAACAGUGCCCGGUCCAAUGCCCGCCGGCCCUGGUGGCAUCUUUGGCAACAUCCAUCCAGCCGGCGCUGGUCCUCCUGGGGUCUUCAGUCUUGCAGCCUCGGCGGGCAGUGGCAAGUCUCCUUUUGCCUUCGGGGGCCCCCAGGCCAGCACCCCCCAAGCAUCCGCUUCCCCCUCUUUGGCCCUCCCGCCAUCAACCACCACCCUCUCCUUUGGGACUCUCUUGAGCUCUCCGGCCCCCACGGCUGCCCUCGCAAGCAAGGGGGGAGAAGAAGAGGCCAAGACGGCCCCCUCUGCCGCUGAGAAGCUCCCCUUGAACGAGGGGGCCCCGUCGCCCACGGCCCAGCUGGACCCCCAGCCGUCUGAGCAGCCUGCCCCGGAAGCGCCCCCUUCGGCUGCACCUCCCCCAGCAGAGGCAGAAGCUGGGCACCUCUCUCCUGCAUCUAGCAAAGACCUCUCGUCCACCACAGCUCCGAGCGAGCCCCAAACUGAGGGUGGCCCUCCUGGGGCCCCUGCAGAGGAACAGACGCCGGCCACCUCGCCACCAGGGGCCACGGCUUCGCAGCUCACGGAGCCCACCGGCGCACCUUCCUCCUCCCCCCCCAGUGCCACCACAGGCGUCCAAGCGCCAGCCAGCAGCAGCUCGGCUUUUACAGCCGCCGUCUCCACCUCUUCUGCGUUUGCACAGCCCCCCAUCCCCACUCCUACUUCCUCCUCCUCCGGCUCAGCCUUCAGCCAGCUGACCACCGAGGGUUUAACCAGCCCUCCCGUGCCCCCCGUCUUUGGCCAGGUCUCCGCGGGAGCCCCCCCAGCAUCUUCUCCCUUCGGUCAACCGCCAACCACCUCCUCUGCCAUCUCCACUGGGUUCAGCUCCUCGGCCUUUGGGUCAGCAGCCACCCCCGGCUUUGGCCAGUCCGCGUUCAGCCAGCCCCCCGUUUUCGGCCAGCCCGCCAGCACGUCGAGCGGCUUCACGUUCAAUCAGGCCAGCUUCGGGGGCCCCCCCACUUUUGGGCACGCGGCUUCAUCCGCCACCCCAGCUUCCAGCAGCGGUAACGUCUUCGGGGCAGCGUCCAGCACGGGCAGCGCCAGCUCCUUCUCCUUCGGACAGCCUUCAACUGCUUCUGGGCUCUUUGGCCAAACCGGUACCCCCAUUUUCGGGCAGAGUUCCAGCUUUGGACAGAGCGGGGCCAUCUUUGCGAGCCCGGCCUCCGUGAGCACAACCACCCCCACGUCCUCUGCUGGGUUCAGCUUCUCUCAAGCUUCCGCGUUUGGUUCCAGCAGCCCAAGCACUGUGUUCGGGCAAGCCACUAACACCAGUGGGAGCCUCUUUGGCCAGCCGUCCUCUUCCAGCGGGGGUCUGUUUGGAUCCAGCGGCGGCGGGAGAACGGGGGGCUUUUUCAGCGGCCUGGGGGGGAAACCGAGUCACGAGGCAGCCAACAAGAACCCCUUCGGUUGCACCGGCAGCAGCUUUGGCUCAUCAGCCACUCCAAAUACAUCGAAUCUUUUCGGAAACAGUGGCGCCAAAAGCUUUGGGUUUGGCGCCACUUCCUUUGGUGAGCAGAAGCCGAUGGGCACCUUCAGCUCCGGCGGAGGAAGCGUGGCAUCGCAAGGCUUUGGGUUCUCCAGCCCGACCAAAGCAGGUGGCUUCGGAGCUGGUCCAGUGUUCGGCAGCCCUCCCACCUUUGGGGGUUCCCCCGGGUUCGGAGGGGUGCCGGCAUUCGGUUCAGCCCCAGCCUUUUCAAGCCCUCUGGGCUCGGCGGGAGGCAAAGUGUUCGGUGAAGGGACCGCAGCGGCCAACGCAGGCGGAUUCGGCUUCGGCAACACGGCCAGCACCGUCUCGUUCGGCACACUGGCAAGUCAGAACACCCCCACCUUCGGCUCCCUCUCUCAGCAGUCUACGGGUUUCGGCACACAGGGCAGCAGCUUCUCCGGCUUCGGGUCCGGUGGAGGAGGAUUUGGCUUCGGAUCAUCGAAUGCAUCCACCUCCGGAUUUAGCGGCUGGAGAAGCUGAAGAGGCAAUCGCUGUUUUGCUGUUCCGGGACUGCUUUUUUUUUAAACGUCACUUCCUCCAACUUUUUAUACCAAACCACACCAAAAAAGAAAAAAAAAGCCUCAUGAAAUUGCCUAUUUUUUUGUUAGCGAAAACGUUCCUCUGCCUCUCCAAAUAAAGCUAUUUUGUCUGCA